AUGUCACUCUAUACAGAGUCUGCACCGAGAGAAGGCUACCUGCAGGCUCAGUGGGCCUGCCUCAGUGGGGAUACCUCCCUUUCUUUCAGCAGGAGCCUUCCAGGCCUUCCUUCGCUGCAGAUGGGCUCUCGAAUGCAGAUGGCCACCCUCCCCUGCCUGAGUUUGUUCCUGCUUCUCUGGAGCCAGGUCCCAAGGGUCCAGGGCCAAGAAUUCCGAUUUGGGCCCUGCCGAGUGCAGGGGGUAGAGCUCCAGGGACUAAGGAAGGCCUUCUGGAUCAUGAAGGACACUGUGCAAGCUCAGGAUCACAACACAAGUGUCCGACUGCUGCGGAAGGAGAUUCUACAGAACAUCUCGGAUGCUGAAAGCUGUUACUUCAUCCACUCUCUGCUGGAGUUUUACUUGAAAACUGUUUUCAAAAACUACUACAAUAAGGCAAAUGAACUCAGGAUCCUGCAGUCAUUUUCUACUCUCACCAACAACUUUAUUGUCAUCAUGUCCAAACUACAACCCCGUGAGGAAAAUGAGAUGUUCUCCAUCAUUGAGAGUGCACACAGGCAGUUUCUGCAGUUCCAGGGGGCUUUUAAACAGUUGGACAUAGAAGCAGCUCUGACAAAAGCCGUCGGGGAAGUGGGCAUUCUCUUGACCUGGAUGGAGAAAUACUACCAGCGCUGAAUGUCUAGACCACGACACCUUCCUCGGCUCCAUGCAUUUCAAAUGGGUGUUCCUUCCUGUGCUGCUCCCUGGGGCACUACGGACCCUCUGCCAUGGGCUGCAUUUUUGGCCCAGGCCUGUCUUCAAAGACCUCCUUCUUUAAGUGGCGCCCCGACAGCCAUGGAAGGCUCCCUUGGAUGCUGUGAAUAACCCACAAAGCAGAUUUCUGUAUUUAUUAUACUGAUUAUUGUCAGUGUUUUACUUGAUGUUGUAUUUAUUUGUAGACUCUAAGUUCUGUGAAGGCAGCGGGGAGAGUUCUUAGGCUCCUCCUGCAUCCCCCACAAUACCUGCCACACUGUGGGGCAGUGGGCGGGAUACUCAGUAAAUACUUAAUAAACUGGAUUUUCAGCCUGGUCUACGAAUUGUUCAGGAAUGAUGAGGGAUGCUGGAAUAUGAACUUGAACAUGAGGACAUGGAAGCUACAUUGUCUUGAUGUCUGUGGGGACAAAGCACUGGAGUAGGGGUGGGGGCACCGGUUUGAGAUGUAAAAAAUCACAGAUAUAAUGUAGGUUAAAGUGCCUGGCACAAAGCAAGCUCCCACUAAACACUGCAUUCCUUGCCUGCACUCCCCAGCCCACCCCUCCAACCUUUCUCCUCUUGUGCCCUCCUUAUCUCAUCCUAGUCAUUCUUGCCUUAUCUGCCACUUGAAAGGGUGCCAGUGUGACAGUGACAUUGCUGAUGGUGUCCAUGUACCUGGAUGUACUGUCCAAUCUGUAAACACAUCCCCUGCUAAUAAAAGGCAGCAGGACUCAGGUCUGGCAGCCUUUCCUUUCUGUUUCUGGACAAGUGCCCAGUGAGGCUGAGUUGUGUGUCUGGGAAAGGCCUUCUUCCUAAGAGCAAACUUGGCACUUUUAUUCUCAAGCUUGGGCUGAACUUUGUGGUUGACUUAAAUCCAAAGAUUAAAUGUCUGGCCUGGGGACCAUGGUUUCAGGGGACAUCUAGGUCAAUUGGCAUAACGAAGCUUAUUAAGAAAAUGUUCUGCAUCCCACUUUGGUGAGUGGUGUCUGGGGUCUUAAAAG